AAACUUUCCUCUACAUACCCAGUAGUAUAUGUUUGUGUAAUAUCUCAGUUUUUUUAUUGUUUAUAUUCCAGUGCAAAGAUUUAGGUAAAAUUAACUUGGAAAAAAAAAGACUAUGUCUUUGAUGAUUGAUGUGAUAAUUCGGUUUCCCUUUUUUUCCUUUAAUUGAAUGUCAGUUAAAAUUUGCAGCAAUAUGGCCGUAAAUUAAAAUAAUCUCUAAUUUUGUUGCUUUGUUGCCUGGCAUUUUCUUGUAGUCUAUGCCAGUGUCUGUGCUUUUGUUUUUCUUAAUCUAAAUCUUCUUUUCUGUGUUAUAAAUGUUGAAAAAAUUAUCGGAUAUUACUAAUGUGAUAUUUUCUCAAACUGUUGGGGUUUUUCCAUAUUGGAUCAGCAUUGAGGUUUGUGGGGUACGAACUAGGUUUGGUUGUUAAGGGCUUCCUUGCAAGGAUUGGUUUUGGACUAUUGAGCUGAUCAUUGUUUGUGGACUGGCAGCAGCACAGCCGUGUAAAUAGAGGAAUUUUAUGUUCUGUUUCUUCUUCUUCUUCUUCUUCUUCUUUUUUUUUUUUUCUUUUUCUUCCCCUAGCAGGCGAGGGUUGGAAUUUAGGGAGCAGGAUAGGGGAAGGGGGAUUUGACCCAGAACCUCUAGAUCCUGGGUCCUCAGCAUCUGUUUUGUUUGAGAAAGUCCGGACUUUUGGGAAUGUUAUGUUCGUUUGAGCUACUUUGAAUUACAUAAAUGCUAAACUGAAAUUAUUGAUUAUCUGGUGGCCAUAGUGUCGUUUUUCAUCUGGCUGUUGUGGUCAGUUCACUUUUUUGGUUUCUGUUAUUCAUUAUUGACUCCAAGUAUGCUUGAUUUCUGCUUUUCUAACCUUGGGUUAUCUGUGGUGAGGUUGUGAUCUCACCAUACAGCACCUCUUGUUUGCUAAUUUCAUAAUGCUUACAAGGUUGUGGAGGAGCUCGUUUUGGUAUUAUAUCCACUGGCAGGGUGGGGAUUUGAGAUACUGCCAGAAGUGUGCCCUCCAUAAACCUCCACGUGCACAUCAUUGCCGUGUAUGUAACCGAUGUGUGUUGCGAAUGGUAUGCCUGGUCUAUUUACUCUUUAUGCCUUUUCUUGAAUGUCCUGGAUAUUGCCUUAAAGUGCUACCUCUUGAAUUUAAGGAUCACCAUUGCGUGUGGUUGAAUAAUUGUGUCGGCCAUGCGAACUAUAAGACUUUUUUCAUCUUCAUCGUUUACGCCGUUGUUUCAUGCAUAUACUCCCUGGUUUUGCUUUGCGGUAGCCUAACUGUUGAUUCUAUGACAGAUGAUGAGCAAAAUGAAGGCUUUUUUAGAGCUGCAUAUGUCAUUUCAGGGCUCCUGCUGGUGCCAUUGACUCUUGCGCUGACCAUCUUUAUGUUUUGGCAUGUUUAUCUUAUUCUGCAAAACAAGACCACAAUAGAGUACCAUGAAGGUGUGAGAGCUAUGUGGCUUGCUGAAAAAGGAGGUUAUCUGUAUUCACAUCCAUAUGAUCUUGGUGCUUAUGAGAAUAUGAUAUCAGUUUUAGGUCCAAAUAUCUUUUGCUGGGUAUGUCCCACCUCAGAGCAGAUUGGUUCUGGCCUUCGUUUCCGCACGGGAGUUGAUAAGUUAGCAGGGACAUCAUUUUAGGCGUAUGUAGAGCUUGGAGUUUCAAUGAUUUUGUGCUGCUGGUAGUAUUGGAGGAAAGGCAGCAGGUCCUAUAUCAUUCGUUGAUGAUAAUCAAAUUCUGGUGUCCGCGAGCUUUCUUUUUGGGAAUACAACCAUUAAAAAAGAGUUUGUCUUGUGUAGCUCCUCAAACUCCACGUUGUUGCGGAAGUAGUCAAAGUUGACUGAUUUCUGAAGCAGUCAGAUGUAAAAUAGGACCCUCAUUCUUCUUAUGACCCUUUUUUUCCAAAAGUACAGUCCUCAUACAAUCAUGUACAAAUGACAGAGUUCCAGGCUAACUCACAGCAACUUCAAGUAGAAGAGAUAGGCCAAAAAUUGUAACUUAAAGAUGUUGUAAUGUUGUGACUCUCAGGAAGUGUAUGAACCAUAAUUGAUGUUUUGAUUGAAUUUGUAGCAAAAUUUAGGUCCGGCUGUGAAAUGGGAGAGGUU